CGGAGAAAGUGAAGGGUGAGGCACCGCCCUGCAGAUAUUCCAGCGGAUCCCCGGUGGCCUCAUGUCGCGCAGCGGAACCGAUCCUGAGCAGCGCCAGCAGGCGUCAGAGGCGGACGCCGCAGCAGCAACCUUCCGGGCAAGCGGUAACUGCACCGCGGCAGGGACUCCCUGGGGCGCGGAGCCGAGCCCUCCCCUUCUUUAGAAAGCUCUUGCCUCCACCUAAGACCAUCAGCAUAUACGCUACAACCCACUGCAGGAUGAGUGGGUGCUGGUGUCAGCUCACCGCAUGAAGCGGCCCUGGCAGGGUCAAGUGGAGCCCCAGCUUCUGAAGACAGUGCCCCGCCAUGACCCCCUCAACCCUCUGUGUCCCGGGGCCACCCGAGCCAAUGGAGAGGUGAAUCCCCACUACGAUAGCACCUUCCUGUUUGACAACGACUUCCCAGCUCUGCAGCCUGAUGCCCCCAGUCCAGGACCCAGUGAUCAUCCCCUUUUCCAAGCAAAGGCUGCUCGAGGAGUCUGUAAGGUCAUGUGCUUCCACCCCUGGUCGGAUGUAACGCUGCCACUCAUGUCGGUCCCUGAGAUCCGGGCUGUUGUUGAUGCAUGGGCCUCAGUCACAGAGGAGCUGGGUGCCCAGUACCCUUGGGUGCAGAUCUUUGAAAACAAAGGUGCCAUGAUGGGCUGUUCCAACCCCCAUCCCCACUGCCAGGUGUGGGCCAGCAGUUUCCUGCCAGAUAUUGCCCAGCGUGAGGAGCGAUCUCAGCAGACCUAUAAGAGUCAGCACGGAGAGCCCCUGCUAAUGGAGUAUAGCCGCCAGGAGCUACUCAGGAAGGAACGUCUGGUCCUAACCAGUGAGCACUGGUUAGUACUGGUCCCCUUCUGGGCAACGUGGCCCUACCAGACACUGCUGCUGCCCCGUCGGCAUGUGCAGCGGCUACCUGAGCUGACCCCUGCUGAGCGUGAUGAUCUAGCCUCCAUCAUGAAGAAGCUCUUGACCAAGUACGACAACCUCUUUGAGACGUCCUUUCCCUAUUCCAUGGGCUGGCAUGGGGCUCCCACAGGAUCCGAGGCCGGGGCCAACUGGGACCACUGGCAGCUGCACGCUCAUUACUACCCUCCGCUCCUGCGCUCUGCCACUGUCCGGAAAUUCAUGGUUGGCUACGAAAUGCUUGCUCAGGCUCAGAGGGACCUCACCCCUGAGCAGGCUGCGGAGAGACUAAGGGCACUUCCUGAUGUUCAUUACAGCCUGGGGCAGAAGGACGGGGAGACAGCAACCAUCGCCUGACUAUGCCGACCACAGGGCCUUGAAUCCUUUUUUUUUUUUUUUUCAACAGUCUUGCUGAAUUAAGCAGAAAGGGCCUUGAAUCCUGGCCUGGAAUUUGGGCAGAUAUAGCAUUAAUAAAACUGUGCAUCUCAAACUUUAAUCACAUACUCUAGUAACAGAGGAGUGUGAACCUUCAGAGAUAUAGGGUUAAAAGCUAAAGGCAUAGCUCCGGCUACAACUUCUCUUUGUUUACAAAUGUGUAAAAUCUUGAUGCAAAAAUUCCACCCAAAUUUCUGAACAAAAUUAAUAUUCAGUAUUACA